GCGUCCUCGAGUCAAAGCCUCUGCAGCUUUUGCGCUGAUCGCAUACACCCUCAUGCCCUUCAAACGAGUAUAAUCAGGAGUAAUGCAUUCCAUUCGACUGCCAGCCAGGGCCAGGAUCCCAACGACCCUUUCUCAUCCUUCGAAAUCCCCGAUGCCGCGCUAGAAGCUCAAAAGGUCUUGCAAGCGGCGAAACGCCAAAGAGAAGAACAAGAGGCUGCUCGACGCAGGCAAGUCGAAGAGGCGAACGAGAGACUCGCAUCUCAGAAGCUGUUUGGAAAUGCGUCCCGGAAGACACCCCAGGCGCAGCAGGGUCAGCAAAAGCAACCACAACAGGCACAGCAGCCCAAGCAGGCACAGAGACCUAAGCCGCAACACACUCCACAAAAAGCUCUCAGUAACUCACACCAGCCCCCCUCAAAGGCAGCAAAAGCCCAAUCAGUACAACCAAAAACCGAAUCCNNAGUAGAUCCGGCUGCUAAUCGACCUCUGAAUCGUGUCCAAACUGCUCGGCGCGAAGGACGACAACAACACGCAAAGAUCUCGCAUGACGACUUUCUACAAAAUCUUGAUGUGAAGAAGUCGGAGAAUGUCAUGCCUAAUAUGGAUAGUCUACCUAUGAGCCCGAGGCACACGCGGAGCAACCAACCUGUAUCAGAGCCUGCCCCGAGACCCCAAUUCAAAACCGAGCCGAACGCUCCUGCGAAGCCUACAAUUAAGGCUCCAUCCUGGAUGUCUGCCACUCCCACUUGCCAGCCAGCCACUUCCUCAAGUAUCGUCCCAGCCUCAGCCACGCAAACGCCUUCGUCACAAUCUUUCGACGAUCCUGUCUCGGGAGCGUCGCAACCUUCUGAGGAUUAUGAAGACAUCUUCUCGGCUGAUCUGGAGCAGGCAAGGAAGGCUAUGGAACCCGUCUCCGCUCCGCCAGUCAAAGUGCGAUAUUCACUGCACAGUUCGGAUUUCGUACCACCGGAUAAUACUGAAAGACGAGAAACGUCCAGAGAUCGUGCCUUAAGCAAUUGGCAGCGAGGCGAGGAUACCCAACGACAAAGAAAUGUGGAGGGCCAGCAGGGAGAAGAACCGCGCGCACCUCGAAACAACAACUUUACCGACCUUGCAACCUCCUUCAUAAGCCAGCGCCCAGGGCCUACAACAUCUGCAGCACCACCACCACCGCAAUCUACAUCGUCAUUAUCACAGGAGACUGGCGGAUUAUCGCAAGAGGAGGAGAGUAUGCUCCAAGCAUUAUUAGCUCGCAAGAACAAGUUAUCGGCAACGCCCUCGACAUCACCUCUAGAAUCUUUGUUUGAUGAGCAAGACCAGCGGACAAGACGUGCUCUCGUUGACGAAUCGAAAAAGCGCGUCCAAGAAGAACAGGUCAGAAAGACUGAGGAAGAUCGUUCUCGUGGACCUCGCUUCUCCACCAAGAUGAUUAAUAAUCGCGAGGAGCCAGAUGAGACGCCAUUCGAAAACGCUCAAACCUGGAGUAUCUUGAAAUCGCGACGACAGCCGUCACAAUCGAGGCAGCAGGAGCAGGAGAGUGAUAACAGAGGCAACCAAAGAUUCUCGGGUAUCUCAGCUGGAGAUAUUGAUGCAAGAUUCGAAGAGUACAGGCAAAGGCGACCAAGAUUGGGUGGUUUCAACAUCGAGUCCUUGAAUGUCGAAAAUAGACCUGCCGCUCGUCUUCGUCCGGGUCAGACUUGUGUCAGAUGCGGUCAGCCGGGUCACGUCUUCCGUAAUUGCCCUAAUCCACCCAAGCCUGGCUGGGUUGAACGAGCUCCAGGUGAAAAGCCAGUUCGUGGUGAGCGAGUUGAUCGCAAUGCGACACGAGGCGACAGAGACGUACGACGACCCAGAGAAACCAGAAGCGCCGGAAGAGAUAUGGCUGCUGCAUAUGGGGUCUCGGCAGCCCAAGAAGCCUCUGAAGAACCUGAAGAGCUGGAUCCCGCUGAGGUGGAAGCAGCCAGGAAAUUAGCGGAGCGCAAUGCUCGCAGAGCAUCUCGUUUCGUUGAAGAAGAUGAUGAAGCUGAUGCGCCCAAGCCUGCGCCCGUCAAGGGCCGCCGCAGCCGCUUCGACGAAGUAGACGAAGAGGAUGAUGACAAGCCUCGUAGAGGUCGCCGCAACCGAUUCGACGAUGAUGACGAUGUGGAAGGUGACUUCGGCGCUAUGCGCAACAACCGCGACGAACGUAANGAAGGCUCGCCAGGCGAAGAAGGAAAAGGCAGCAAGGAGGCUGCACGUCAAGCUGCAAGACAGGCAAGACGUGCAGAGGCCGUGACUCCCAUCAACCUACCAGAAUUCGUCAGUGUGUCGAAACUUGCACAGUUGACCAACGUGACAUACCAAGAAAUGGCCGACAAGAUGGAGGAACUUGGUUUCGAAAACACAUCGCACGACCACAUCCUUGGUGCCGAAGAGGCAGGUCUGAUUGCUAUGGAAUACAACUUCGACCCUACUCUUGGUGCCCAAGAAGAAGCAGAGGCGGAGGAGCGUGACUUGAAGGCUCUGCCCGAGCCUGCACCCGAGGACAAAGAGUUCUUGCCUGUCAGACCUCCUGUCGUUGCGAUCAUGGGACACGUCGAUCACGGAAAGACCACUAUCCUCGAUUACCUUCGCAAGUCUUCGAUCGCAGCUUCCGAGCACGGAGGUAUCACACAACACAUUGGUGCCUUCAGCGUCGCUCUUUCAAGUGGCAAGACCAUCACCUUCCUUGACACACCUGGGCAUGCAGCUUUCCUUGAGAUGCGCAAGCGUGGUGCUACUGUGACCGACAUCAUCAUCUUGGUCGUUGCAGCUGACGAUUCAGUCAAGCCGCAAACUAUUGAGGCCAUCAAGCACGCUCAGUCUGCCCAUGUGCCCAUCAUCGUUGCUGUCAACAAGAUUGACAAGGAAGAAGCCAACGUCGAACGUGUCAAGGGAGAUCUGGCUCGUCAUGGAGUUGAGAUCGAAGACUUUGGUGGCGAGACUCAGGUCGUGCCUGUCAGUGGAAAGACUGGCCAAGGUAUUGAUGAGCUCGAAGAUGCAGCAGUCACUCUCUCUGAAAUCUUGGACCACCGUGCCGACACCGAGGGUCAAGUUGAGGGUUGGGUUAUCGAGGCCACGACUAAGCCAAGUGGUCGUGUAGCCACUGUGCUUGUCCGUCGCGGUACAUUGAAGCCCGGCACCAUCAUCGUGGCAGGCAAGACCUGGGCUCGUGUCCGCAGUCUCCGCAAUGAGGCGGGUGUAGCCCAGAUGUCUGCCGGUCCUGGUACCCCCAUCGAAGUAGACGGCUGGCGCGACCAACCCGAAGCGGGUGAUGAAGUCCUACAGGCACCCAACGAACAGAAGGCCGCCGAUGUAGUCGCCUUCCCCGCCGCAGCCGAAAAGGCCGCAGAGAAAGCAGCCAGAGCAGGAGGCACCGACGUCGAGCCCACAGCAACCCGCAAGACAGCUGUCGAUGCCGACGAGAACGAGACCCCUGGUCAUCAAACCGUGCCUUUCAUCAUCAAGGCCGAUGUUAGUGGUAGUGCAGAGGCUGUCUCUGCUUACCUACUCCAAAUGACCAACCCCCUGUGCUCGCCAAAAUUGCUUCGCGCCUCUGUGGGCCCAGUUUCCGAGUUUGACAUUGAGCACGCCGAUGCAGCAGGAGGCCAUAUCAUCUCCUUCAACCUCCCUCACGAUCCCGAAAGCGCUGGCCGUGCUGAACGCAAGGGCAUCAAGAUCCUCGAGCAAAACGUCAUUUACCGCAUCGUUGAUGAUGUUCGUGCAGUCCUCGAAGAAAAACUACCACCGCAAAAGAUCCAGAAGGUAACUGGUGAGGCUGAAGUAGCCAUGAGUUUCGAAAUCGGUAUUGGUGGACGCAAGAAGAUGAAGAUUGCAGGUUUGAAGGUCAGAAACGGUGUUGUGGCUAGAGGAUCGAGGGUCAGAGUUACCAGAGGUGAGGAGAGGGUAUACGAUGAACGUCAAAAGGACGUUCAAGAGAUGCGCAGAGGCACAGAGUGCGGUAUGGGCUUCGACGGCUGGGAAGGCUUCGAAGUCGGCGAUAUGAUCCAGACUUUUGAGGAGAAGACGCAAAAGCGUAAUCUGCCGAUCUAA